AUGGAGAAGAGGGGUGCAGUAGUAGAUUACUCCAAACUUUUAGAUGAAUUGUUAAUACGAAUUGUUGAAAAUCACAUUGUAUCAGUGAUAGAUUUCAUCAAUUUCUCUUGUGUUUGUCAUUCAUGGCGUCGUGCUGCCAAUGCUUGUGAUAUUGCGAAAUUGAGAACAAAAUGGCCGCGGCAUCAGAUGCCGUGGCUAAUGCUAACUGAUGGCAUUGACGGUCCUGAAGUACAAUCCAAGAUUAGAGAAGCUACAUCUUGUCCUUCCGAUAAAGCUUGUAGUAUUAUUAUAAGCAACCGCGAAUUGGGGUUGUAUUACUCAAGCAUUGACCCUCUUUGUUGUCAAAGAAGUUUGCUAAAUAUGAGCUGGAAUAGGAACAUGAGUUAUGAUUUUAACAUUCCUGAAAUGCACGGGAGGGCUUGUUGGGGUUCGCCUUAUGGUUGGGUUGUCACAUUAGGUGUUGAUCGAGAGAUGUACUUGUUUAAUCCUUUUACUAGGUCUCGGCUACCCCUUCCUUCUCAAUCGACUUUCCAUCGUGAUAGUGAUAGUGAUCGUGAUAGUGGUUAUGUAGAGAUAUAUGGCCCUGUUCUUUCUAGAGUGGUCUUGCUUCGAGUUCCUAGCAAGUAUCGUGGUGUUGAUAUUGAUGCUCGUGUUUGUGAUAAUUAUGAUAAUGAUGAUGAUGUCAUAUGGCUUGUGGUUGUUAUUUAUACUUUACCUAUGCAAGAUGUUUUCUACUGUCACCAAAUGAGGUCAUUGAUUUUUGUUGAUGGCAAAGCUAACUUGUUCUACUCCGACCUCCAUGAUCCAGAACACCCACAACAGAUACAGCCUUAUUUGGCCGGGCCUCCAAUCACAGAGCAAAUAGGGGACAAGUACAAGUGUUUCACUCUAUAUAUUAUCGAGUCCAAUGGCAAUAUUCUUAUAGUAAAUAAGAAAACUUUGAUGGGUGAAACUUGUAUGUAUCAUACUUGUAAUUUUAGUGUCUACAAGCUUGAUGAAUCCACAAAAAGUUGGGAGGAGGUGAAUGAUUUGCAGGGUGUUUCUCUGUUUUUGGGCCUUAAUGUAAGCAUGUCUAUCAAUGCUAAAGAUGCUGGUUGUCGAAGCAAUUGUAUAUACUUUUGUGAUGAUCUUCGAGCAUUUUAUUAUGGUACUAAAAUCAGUUAUGUUGGAGGGCAUGACAUGGGUGUAUAUUCUAUGGAUGAUGGGACGAUCCAACCUUUGUAUACAGGUCAUCAUUCAAGGUCAUCUCAUUGUUGCCCAUUUUGGUUAUCUCCUAUGCUAUGA